UUUACUCGCUGUCCUACGUAAUGAAAGAGGUAGUCUCUGAGAGACUUAUUUUAUAUGAAGAUCUGCAGUACAUAACUUUGGAUCCUUGAUCCUUCCCAAGGAUUCCGAUGAAGAGAAUUUCGAAUUAUUGACAUGCAAAAGUCUUGCCUCGUCAAGUAGCCAUGGCAAUCCGAGAGCGACCACUGGUCAUGGCCUUUGUUAUUUCGCCAUGACCUGGAAAAGCGGAGUUUACUUGGCCAUCUUUGACCUGAACCAAUGGUACCAGGCCCAGAUGUCCCCUCGAUGGAUCUUUGACGAUUCGUCUCGAAUGUGUCCUUUUAUGAGAUUCUACCAGGCCCAAACAUCCGGGAGCGCUCGUUCGGUCCGACAAAAAGUGUGGAUUCAACCGUCCACGCUGUCCAUCUUUCAUCGAUCAUCCACCACACCCACCGAAGGAUUCUUUUAUCCAUCGGCACUGAGUUUCCGUGCCGUUGUCAUCUGUCCCCAAGAGUCGGAAAUUGUUUUAUUCUUGGGUAUCCAAUCGUUCCUUCUCCAAAAGUUAUCACAAACAGGUGCUCAAGUUCUAAAUCACCUUCACCGCUUUUACGUUCAGGCGAUGAAGGCAGGUCUGACACCUACCGAGACCGUCGCGCCCCACACAACACAAAUAACGGAAGCUUUAUUGAACAUUGGUCUAGAGAACAACUCGAGAUCUUUCUUGGUUUCCUGCAUCAAGGAGCCAAUUUGAAUAUUGGGGAGAAAUGGGCAUGGCAGAAAGUAGUCAAUCCACAAGAGAUUCAAACUUAUCCUCCUCCAUCACUGUACGCGUUGCUUUCGGCUUAUUUGCGUCCGGAUGUGGAUGACGGAACCAAGCAUCGACUUGUGCAGUACGUUUCUAUGGAUCUGACGUGGAUUUUCGGUUCCCGCACCAAUUUCGGUAACAUUUUGCAGCACCUGGUGACCUUCCCGUCGACCUACUCGCUUAAGCCCAGCAUGAUGAGCCAUGGUGAAUGAGCCAUGGUGACGCAAGCUUUUUGGCAUUUGAAUCACCAGAACUUCGACGACGCUCUCAGCAUGUUUCUGGAUCCUUUGGGUACACACGAUGGACAUCACCAAUGCGCAGCAGAGGGCCAUCCUUCGUUCGUUUCUCUACCAGGAUAAGCGUCGUCACGCUCUCAAAUACGCCACUCUGCGCCAGCCAGUUUGUCCCGAAUUAGAAGACAUUCAGCUCCACCUGACGAUCCUGAUCGCAAACGGAUUGAUCAGCGACGCCCUGAGUUACAUCAGACGCAACAAGAACCAGCGGAACAGCGUCGAACUGAUGCAGCACCUCCUCAACGGAUGCCAGGAGAUGCGAAAGAUCAGCGUUCUCCUGACUUUGCCUUUGUCGGAUGAAGAAAAGGAUCACGUUACGAAUUUCUUGAAACAGAGCAGAAAUUUCGACCUCCAGGAAGCUCUGCUCCUCUUUUACAUCCAACGGUGCAAAUACCCCGACGCCAUCGCCUACAGCCAACGUUUGAACCAAAUGUGGCCGGCCCGCGACGCCAUUUCCAGGGAGCGCUGCAAUCGCCGUGAAAUGUUGAUGCAAACGUUGAUCGGCGCCUUACCUCCCGCCACCUGCAAAUUAGCCGCUAUCGCAAAUUCACGACCCACGUCCUCGUCGACUUCUUCCGGCGGUUCGAAAUUCUCGCCACCGCUUUCCGUCGCCGUUUUACCGGCCACUUCUAAAGUUCAGUCGACUGGUUCAAAUUUCUUUCGCACGGUGAUUGAGCAGUCCCGAGCCACUUGGCUCAUUGAACAGAAACUUAAUCAAGAGGUUCAGACUCCGUUGAGACCCAGGAAACGCAAAUUUGACAUGCCAGUGAGCGGAUUGUAUCCGGAUGAGAUCCAACUGGAAAAGACUCCCUUCUUGUGCAACAUUGUCCAGCCCGCACAGCGCAACAUCACCCUGGGCAUGUCGCUAUGUUUUCCGUCUCCUAAAGGUAACGCAGACUCUUCCUCGAUGGAUAUUACUUCCGUCGCUCAACUGGAAUCGGAUAUCAGUCAUCCGAAAGAAGAAAAACGACCAUAAUUAUCUCUGUUUCUCAAAGCAAUUGCAGCUGUCAAAUUCCAAUCUACAGACGGAAGAGUCUCAAUUCAUAAGUUUCGAAGAAGACAGCGAACCUCUUCCUCCUCAACCUUCUCUUCCGGAAGUUGCUCAAGCAGAAGUGCCUGAGGAAAUCGUCCAUCCACAAGAAGAGAUCCUUGCUCCAGUAGCCGUGGAAGAGGAAGAUGUUGUCGAUGAUGUAAAUGAUGUCGAUGAUGGUGAACCUUCUGAUUUUGGUAUGGAACUGACGAACUUGGAGGCUACAUCCAUCCAGCCUUCUCAACUCUUUACUAAUCUCGAGUCUCAUGACCGUCGUCAUGGAGGAUGGCUUCGAAAGGGUAAAGGCAAUGACGUUGACGACUCUGGACCCCAUCGCCGACGUCGAGAAAGAACCUGCGUCAUCUCUUCCGAUUCCCACACUGCAAACGAAACCUCAGCAACAAGAAGCAAGUGGAUCGUCUUAUAGUGAUGAAAUCAAAAUUGUCUGCCUGGGUUCCAGCAGGGACGAAGAAGCAGCCAGUGCUGAAGCGACUGGCCAAGUAGAAGUAGUAGUAGUGGCGUCCGGUCGUUACAACCUUCGACGAGGUGCUAGUAGACGACCUUCCGAGUUGGACAUCAUUUCCGAAGAAGCCGCUGCUGCAGCAGCUGCGGAAUCGGCGACUUCCAACAACAAGCGAAGUCGAGAAGAGGGUUCAGAAGAAAGCUCAGACCAAGAAGAACAAGCUGGUCCGUCUCAGUAAGAACCAGUUGAGGAAAGAGAUGGAGAUGAUGGUGAAGAGUCGAGCCAGAAAGCGGCCCAACCCAAGAGGGUGGUUUGCAAUAAGAAAAGAAAGACCACCAAUAAACAGGAAGAAGAAGGUCGGGAAGAGCUACGUUUCUCUCCCACAUCCCGACCAGCGCCUUAAAAUCUCUCGAAACGAGAUACGGUUAUCAUUGCUCGAACUUCGUCGGUGCGACGUUCGAUACGACUGGAUAAAUAAGAAUUGGUACAUAAAAAAAAAGGAACAUAAAUCGAUUACUCACAAAACAAGAAAAUAGGAGAACCAGAAAAGAGAUAACUUAAUUUUUUUCAUUAUUAUUUUAAGUCGAAUUUUCCCCUCCUCCGCCUACCUGUUUAGUUAUCGUAAAUCAUAAUAUUAUGUAAUUGACUGUAUCAUUCAUGAAAGUGAAUAAAAUGAUGAGGUAAUGAAA